UUGAUAUAUUAAAAAAACCGGGUUUUUAGUAUAUCAAUGUUCAGAGAUUUUAAGCUUAAUCUAGAAAAUACUCGAAGAAACAUUUGAGAAAGUUAUGCAUUUAGUUGCACUAAUCACGAGUUGUUAUUGUUCUAUAUGACUUCAAUUUUCAUCUCAAUGUGAGGUAAUGCUAAGAAAGCAAUAGGUUUCUAAUAUUUAUUUAUUCAACGGUGCUUCAAGGACUUACUCACUAAACAUACCUACAUAAAAUUAAAAACAAAAAGUUUCAGGUAUAGUGAGGUUUUCAGUAACACCCAGCAGUUUCAAAAUAAUAAAAUGACAAUUAAGAGUGCAUUCCAGGAUUAAGUCUAAUUAACUAAAUUAACAUUAUAAAGUAAACUAAUCAAACAAGAAUUAUUGUGUUGAAAUAUUUUUUUCUUGUGUCUUCGUUUUGUUGUCAUCGGUAUUAAGUAUUGUAGAAGUAUUAUUAUUAAAAUGAGUGUCUAAAUUGUUUUAUAGCUUAAAUAUAGACAUUAAAUAGUGCUCAGAUAGUGCUUGCAUACUAGUACCAUUUUUCUAUAUAGAACUAGAACAUAACAGUGAGUAAAAUCAGAACAAAUUAUUAGACGGACGGCCUAGUUUUCAAUACAAUUAGAAUAAAUAUUCUUCAACACCAGCAAUACAUGCUCAUCAAUAACAUACAAGUCAUUUACCACUCGUUAUAAAUAGUUAAUGCUACAAGAAUAGCUCCAAACAAUAUAAAAUACGUUGUUUUAUUCUUGAUAGACAAUCCUUGUUUUGACUACUAUUCUUCAUUGAUUCCUUCACUUGUUUAUGUUGAUACAUCGGUCUUGUCAACAACAAUUUAUCAAUCGGACAUGGUUAGCGGUACCAAACGGUCGUCACUCAGCUAAUUUUUAUUAAUAGUCUUCAAGACUAUUUUUAUUAAUUUGUACAUUAUUUCUCUAGCGUAGAAAAUGAGAAAUGCAUUUGCUGUUUUAGUUUCCUUAUAUAUUUACCUUGUUUCCGGAUUUAUUGUGCCCUCGAGUAAGCCAGAGACAACACUUCCUACCACUUCAAACACAGAGGAAACCACCGAGUUCGAUAUAAAAUCAACGACUUUCGCAGCUAAAUUCGCAGUGCUACCAAAGAGUAGAACUAACAUCGAUGAAAAAGACUUAUACGAACACGCCACUGAGAAACAAAACAACCAGAGUGCACGAGCAUUCGUCUACAUUAACCAAAGGUAUAAGAAGCCAGUACGGAACAAUAUAUUUCGGUUAGCAGCCCCGCUAAAGGCAGAAUUAGUACCACCACGGCGACCCACUCCAGCCCCUUUCGCAGUAACUCAUGCACCACAAGUUCCCUGCAAACCUUCCACUCAAGACUCAAGACCCAUGGCUUCGGCGGCAGUUAACCCUUUCUUUCAAGGAUACGACCAGAUACCAGACAAACAAGUUCCAGAAAUCGCAUCAUAUUUCGUACCGCCAAGCAUAUUCAGAUGCAAUUUUAACGAAGAGUCAAAGAAGAAACAAGAGGAAAAAACAAAACCGCUCACUGCACAUAGAGAUGAUGAACGAAGAGAAUAUUUUGAACUCUUGAAACCGCCUAUACUAAGACCUGUGCACAGAGGAGGUAAUAGCGUUUUGUCUCGUAACGAAUUUUCUUCGCUCACGGCCUCUAACGUUCCUUACAAGGAGUUUUACCAUAAGAAGUAUAACGUCAAAAAUCAAUACGUACCAAAAACAAAGCUGAAAGUAAUUGAUGAUCGACCAAUACAGAUGCGGAAAAAUAUUGGCUUCAGUCGUCCAUACACACACCAUCCCAUUUUCCAGAACAAAGAACUGCUUCACAGAGCUGAGGACAUAAACUUCGAAGGUGACUUCGUAAACGAGGAUGACCCUCAUAGAAUAAUGGCAUAUGAAAGUAACCAAGAGGAAGACAAAUUGUUAGACAAGUACUUAAAGGAUACGUUAGAAGAUCAAAUAAUCAAUCAUGAUACUGUAAAUCGAGCUGACUGCAGCUAUCGUGAAUGUGUUUUAAAAUCUUCUAAACAAUAUACAAACAACGGUUUACUCAUUAAGCCGGAAUGUAAAUGUGGUCGACGAGUAAACAUGAAACAACUUGAUCAAUUCCUAGCGAAAGACAGAUCACUAAGAGAGGACGGGAAAUACAACGACACGUUACUCCAAUCUGCUGAACUAAGUUACUACGAAGACUUGUUAGCUGAUGAACCAAACCGCAAUAAAUUGGAGAAUGAAAUGAACAAACCGCCUAACAUACUAAACGAAACUUCUUUGACUAUUACUUUAGAGCAAUUUCCCAAAUAAAUAAAUCGCAAUUAACAAAGUUUUAAAUAAAUUAUGCAAUGAUGAUCGAGCGGUCGACCGGCUCGCAGUGUUUUUAAUAAAAAAUUCUAAAAGUACAGUCGACGAAUACGCAACUCUUGAAGCAACUAUUCCACAGGAAAGUGCUCGCAGUCCAGAUCACGAUAGCGACUGCUCAAAGCUAUCGCGAUUGAGAUCGCUGCGCGCGCAUCCCCCUUACCAGCGUUUGUUGCUCCGAGAAAUGAAAAGUAAACACUGUAGAACGCCAACAGAUGUCCAGAUAGCCAAUAGAGUCUUUAGAGAAAUACAGAGUCGCCAGAAGGGACGGCGGUCUGGGACUAUUUGUGAAAGUUUUACGCUUUCAUGUUAGAUUUAAAAAUAGUGAAUUUAUCAAACGUAUUUUUCAGAAAUAUGAGAUUAACAGUAGCGAAGGUAAAGAUUAACAGUUAUGUUUUAAAUUGUAAACAAAUUCCUAUUAGAGAUUUUUCCUGUUCAUUAAUCAAAAGUAAAUUGUGUAAAACGAAUAAUGUGUUUGUAAAUUCUUCGCAUUUUGUUGAUAUAAGUUGUUUUAUAAGCAAACUGUUUUUUUUUAUUUGCCCCUUCUUUGAGUUUGAUGGUUCUAUCUAGUUUCUUUAAUUCCGUCUUUUACUUUUCACUAUUUGUCCAGGGAGAUGACUUCGCUCGGACCGUACAUUGUUCGAAAAUAUUUGUGUCUUCGAGUGAGCGAUUUGUCAUAGGAGGUACAGUUACGUAAUGUUUGUUCACAAGUAUGGAUGUUUACGAAACAAAAUCGAUUUACUAUUUAGAAUUAUGUCAUCAAGAAAUGUUCUAAACAAAAUAAAUACUUUCACUCUUUGUUUUAGCAUGAUGAUUCAUAUAUUUAUUAGUUUUCAGUACAAACUACAAUUUCUUUCCUUUAGUAGUGAAUAAAAAAUACAAUUUAACUGAAAAUUCCUGUGAAUUUCUUGAAACCUAUUUUGAAUCACAUGCCGAAUUCCCAAGCAUAGACAGAUGAGUCUAUAUUCAAACUAGAACAAAAGUUUCGCGAGAGUUUCGCUAUGUGGUGACGCGAAACCUUCACGAAACUCUCAACUCACUGCUUUUCGACACGAAUUCUUCAAGAAUAAAAUAUAAUGAUACAAACAACUUCAUUUAAAAUGUCGAAAGUUCCAAAAAUCAAGUUUGUUGACAUUCUGCGUCGAUAAUCCAAAAAAAUAUGUCGUCUUUCUCUUAAGUCCGUAAAAAAUACUCAUGUAUUCAAAUUCACAAUUAUUCCGUCUUUUGAUUGGUUGUAAAUAAAUCGAAAAUUAAAUUUCAUACAGUCCCUCCAUCAGCCAUGCGGAAUCGAUAAGAAAAAAAAGUCUAUUUACCACAAUCUAAUUCUAAAACACACAAUUCUCAAACAACACGUUACCAAACGCUAAAUUUUUAAAUCUGAAUUCACUAGUUACCAAGUCUUCAACAGGUUCAUCUUUAAUUUUAAAAAGUUUCGAGUAUCGCGCAGUUUUGUCGGUUCUCGCGUGCAUAAUUUAUAUCUUCGCUUCGCCUCGCAGUGGGGCCGUCAAAUUUCCUUCUUACGCCUUAAAUACUAUUUAAUUAUGCAGAUGUGGAUCAUCGUCGCUAUUUUCUUGUUUUAUGACGGUUGAAAUGACCCUCCUGAGCCCAACAGCGUUAUUAGAUGCUUGUUUAUUUAUUAUUUGUUUUAUUUCUUUAGUGGUUUUGUCGAGAAGAAAGAUGUUUUUGAAAGGCUGAAGAUUUUAUGGUCACUUAACACGCCUGUCUCACGUCAAAUGUGUAUUGGAACAAUUUGAAGCCUGUAUAAAUGAAUCAAUGCAACGAAAAAUCCUACGUAUGUAUGUAUUAAUGUUUGUUCCUCUUUCACGCUUCACGCUUCACGCUUUCAUUUCUAAAACCAAUAAACGGAUAUAUACAUACGCAUAUAUAUCUUUAUAUACAGAUGGUUUGAAACCAAAAUUAACACAAAGGAUAGUUUUUAACCCUAUUUUAUGUUUCCAUAGGAUCAUUUUUUAUUUAAAGCGGGCGGGCACGAGGGCAAGGGCAGGUGCACCCUAUAACUAACAAAAAUUUAAAAUUAUUAAAUCUCAUUUGACACCCGUUUAUCAAAGCUUUUACGCAGCCACGUAAUCGAUGUUUGAGUCAAACCAAACUAAAAACUAAAUGAAAUUGAACAAAAACCAAAAGUAACAGUGACGUGAACUAGCGAAAUUCAUAUAAAAGAUAUUCUUGAUCCCUUUAAAUUCUUAUAAAUCCAUAUUCUCCCACAUUAGUUUUCAAUACGAUUUGUGAGUUCCGGAGUAAUUAAGCCACUGGAAGUUAUAGAGGCUUUUAUAUUUCCGAUCUACAGCCUUAUUAUAAUGGGAUCCUUCACAGUAUUAUUCUUAUUAAGUCGAUCGACUAAUGGCAGGAAGGGGUUAAUAUCAUUUGAAGAAGUUCUCGAUUCAAUUAUAUUGGAAUGAACGAGUGAGUGAGUUUAAUUAGUUUAAAAUGAUGAAGAGUCAAUUUUAAGGAGCCUUCAAGGUUAAAUAUUGAAGUACGCAAGGUACGCCUCGCAUUAUGAUGUUGUUUGAUCAUGUAUAUGCCUAAAAUAUGGUAAAUUACAUUGUUUAGCCAAUGUA